AGGAGGGUGGUUUGCACUAGUUUUGUCACCAUUGGCAUCCACAGAUGAUGAACUGGGAUUCACGACUUUCCUCUUGACCUUUACAAAGCGAAUGAUUAAGCAAAACUCCAAUAAUGAGCAGUUAAUCAGUAAAGAUCAGUAUAAAGAUCUCACCUGUAUCAGUGUGUUUACCCAUUGGUGUAUCAGGGCACACACACACACGAGUCCAUACUCAUUAUGAGCUGUUUGCUCAGGUGCUGGUCUAAUAGUGUGUAUGAGUGCCCUCCAGGAUCAGAUGACGGCGUGUGUGCGAAUGUGUGUGUAAUGCACCUGUAGUCUUAUAAUAAUGGAGCUUAUAUGUCCAAUUUCCCCCACCCUCCUUUAUUUUCUGUCUCUGUCUCCGUGCAGUGCACUAUCAAGAGCGUCAGCCAGCCUCCUUAGUAUUCACAUCUCCACUCGAUGACUUACUGCACAAGCCAGAGACAACAGAGGAGAGAGAGAGAUAGAGAGAGAGAGAGAGAGAGAGGAAGGAAAAGGAACAAACAGGAAGACAAAAUAAAAGAUUGCAAUUUUUCUAGCCCCUGACUCAAGUGUGCAUAGCGUGUGUGCUAGUAUAUGGCUUUAGAGAAUUCAUUUUUGACGCCUCCUUUCUUCUCUAGCAUUUUUUAAAUGCUCGAUUCACCCCUGCAGCAUGGCUUUCCUCCUUUGGAAAGGAUGCCAUAAGCUCUGCUUGUUGUCUGUAUAGCGAGCCGAAUCACUUUCAUACCGAAGAUGUUCAAUUCUGAAUUCUUUAUGAGGUGCAUUUUAACCUGACAAUGACACGUUUUGAAAUUGGCCCAGUUGUGUUUAAUAACAAUACCACAAUACCGCAGCUUGUGUUGGUCUUUCUCUGUAUUUGUUCGUUUCUUUUUCUCUCUUAUUCUUCCUUCCAGUCUUUUCUCUGUCACUCCACGUCUCCUCAUCCCUCUGUCAGUUUGAAUUUAGUUUAAUCUCCCCCUCCUCCUCCUGAUUCCUUCACUCUGUCGCUCUCCGUUUCAUCUCUUCCAAACACUUCGGUUCUUUUCUCAUAUCUCCCCAAACUAUUGAGAAAAGCUUUCAGUAACGAAUAUUUCCUGCAACAGAGAGGCUAAAGGAGAGCCUCGGGGGGUGCGGAGAGGACGUUAAUCCCCUUACAAGUUGUCCGUCACAGGGUUGCAAAGGGGGUAAGAAGAGGAGUGAGAGAUGGAGAAGUGACCACCAUCAUCGCGAUUGCCUUAAUCAGACCGAUUAUGAGAGUGAAAGAGAUGGAGGGAAAAAUUGAGAGAGAGAGAGAGUGUGUGGUAAUGCUUCCAUGCUUUCCACUCUGCAGGAUGACAAGCGGCUGCUGCCUCUCCAAUUGGUUAGGACUGCCACCAAUCAGAGCACAGACAGGGAAGGUGCCUUUAGGUUAUACCCAACCCAAAAAACAAGAAGUGGGGAGAGAGAGAGAUAGAGAGAGAGAGAAAAGAGAGAGAGAGAGCGCGCAGUGCAGACACCGGCUUGACUGUGCUACUGAGGCAUUUUUUCAUGGUAUCUGAGAAAUGUUCCUGUUGAAGGGAAACUGUUCAUCUUCUGUCUGCUGUAGAGAAGCACAGUGCUUCCCAGUGCACCUACAGGGAUUUCGGCUCAUUCACUGACCAGGGCUCUGGCAUUUCUGAACCCGCCCCCCCAACCCCUGUCUCGGGACCCUCCCCCACGUUGCCCUCUGACUCACCUGAGAGAAGACGGCAGAAGACCUGCAGAUCCCUCCCCUCAGAAUACUGCUCAUUCACCUGGAGAGGGAGGACAUACCAGAUACAGGAUGGACAACAGCUAUUCUCUCUCUCACGCUGCGCUGGCUGCUUGACUCACUUCUGGUUCGGAAGAGAGACGCAGAGAGGAGUGUUGAGAAGAACUUGUGCUCUCCUGGAUUAGAAUUCAAGAAAGCUGGUCCUGAUCGCUGGAGCAAGGCAUUUAGGAUGAUCUUGGGAAGCAUCAACCGAACAGGGGCUGUCCCUACGUUUCUGCGGACCCCUACAGUCAUCCAGCCUCAUUUGGAUAUGAAGCCCUUCCUACAGUUUCCAAUGGAGACUCCGCCUCCACACAGCGUUGGGCUCUUCCACAACUUCAACGCGAUGGAUCCUGUUCAGAAGGCAGUGAUCAACCACACCUUUGGAGUCCCACUGGUGAAGACCAAACGGCCAAUCAUUUCCUGUAAUGUCUGCCAGAUCCGUUUCAACUCGGAGAGUCAGGCCGAAGCCCACUACAAGGGGAACCGUCAUGCUAGGAGAGUCAAAGGCAUUGAGACCUCCAAGAGCCGCCCACAAGAGAGUGACAAACCUCCCCCUGGGCCCGUCUCAUCCCCCUCACCAACGGGACCCUUACUGGCCAUCUCAGAUACUGACCCCAGCAAAACUGAUGAGAUGCAGCCAGUGCCACAGUUAAAUGGACCCGCGGUGGCCCCAGGGCCCACGGCCAUUUCUGCUCCCCCUACCCCAGAAUCCCCCGGUCCUUCCGCCUGUCCUCUUCUGCCCACCCCCACUACCCCUCAACCACCUCCAGCCACCUCCUCAUCUCCCGGCUGUGGCUCUUCUAACCCAGAGCAGGCUGGCACCGGGUCCCCUGGGGCGCCAUCAGUCACUCCCAGCAACCCUGAGACUGAAGAGGACAAAGCCAAGAAGCUGCUUUACUGCUCACUGUGCAAAGUGGCCGUCAAUUCACUCUCCCAGUUGGAGGCCCACAAUAAAGGCACUAAACACAAAACCAUUCUGGAAGCCCGCAGCGGACUGGGCCCCAUUAAGGCAUACCCUCGUUUGGGUCCAAAGCCCAUCGGGGAACAGGGAGGAGGGGCCACGGACCCCAAUACUCAGGAACGCACCUUCCACUGUGAGAUCUGCAACGUGCGGGUCAACUCAGAACUGCAGCUCAAACAGCACAUAUCAAGUCGAAGGCACCGGGACGGAGUGGCAGGAAAGCCAAACCCCCUCCUGAGCCGACACAAGAAACACAGGGGAGCUGACCUUGCGGAUUUCACCAAAGCAUUAGGCGCCGGCCUCCUGCCGAGUCCUCUGGCUGUUGCUGCGGCAAUGGCAGCGGCGGCCUCCUCCAAUCAGCUUGCUCUCCGCGCAGCAGCCCCCUCCCCCCAUCCACAUCAUCACCUCCUGCAGGGUCCGCCCCUCAGCCACGCCAUCUUGAGACCAGCUCCGGGGCCCAUACGCACCUCACACGGGCAGAUCCUGUUCUCGCCGUACUGACUCCGCCCUCACCCCCCUUAGCCAAUCACAGCCAGUCCGGAGCCUCACCUCCAAAAGCACACUGUGAAGACGAAAAAAUGACAAGAAUCGGCCCAUCAACAAUAACAUCAAUCAUCAAACCAAGCAGAAGGGGGCGCAGCCAUGAAGGAGGGUGCGACUGGCGUUCCAAUCCUCGUUCCAUCACCCUCAACCGCCUCCUUCUUCUCCGUUUGUUCGGAUUGAGUGAUUUAUUCGUUGGUGGAUGAAUAAACGAAUGCAGGGAUUGUUGGAAUACAGCAAUAUCGUAUGCAGAGUGCAUCUGAUGUCCUUGUCCUUCCCUCUAUUUAUACUCAUACUGUGAGGUAGCAGCAGUCACAUGGUAGCCAGACUUGCUGGAAUCAGUUUCUAGACACCCCAAAACACACAAAGACUGCAGUUAAAUGUUGUUCUGAAUCAAUGCACCCUCAACCCUAUGCACCUUGAGAAAUCUACAGAAACAACUAGUACGCUUCUCGUAGUAUUCGCUGUAUUCAACUUGUCCUGUCUGGCUUUGGCAUCUUUGCAAGAGGUAAAAGCCCCAAUCUCCGUCGCAGUUCCACCACGUCAAGACUCAGAGCAGGGGAUUGUGGGGAAGGUCUAAGGAUGCCGACACUUUCCCAAUUCUGGCUUGAAUUGAGAAGCUUAGAUGGUGCCCGACUUCAUACAGUCGCAUCUCCCUAGGGAAACAGAGGUAUACAGAAGAGACACUCAAGAUUUCUUUUGUGUCGCUUUUACAUCCAUUUGCGCUACGAGCGGUUGACUGAUAAUCCCCAGACCCCUGUCUUAGAUCUUAGAAAAUCAGUAGACGUCUAUUUAUUCUAUGAUGUAGCGUAGUUUAGUUCAGAACAUAUUCCAAAGUGAAAUAUGUAAGUAGAGGAUGAUGCAACUGCUGAAAUAAGAAGGACGGGUAUUUUGAUUCUCAGAGAAAGGCAACAAACCUAAGCACACACUUGGACUUACAGUACAUACAGGCUCCUCUGUUCAUUCUGUCUCUGUAUGUUCAGUGGACAUUAUGCAACCCCAAGCAAUACGGCCCCCCUUCUGUCCGACUUCCGCGUUCAGUCUCACGAGACAGCCUGCAUCCCGCAAGGACUGACACCACAGGUCAGCCACUCCAGCGGACGCCCAAGAGACUACAAAAAUGAACAGAGAGAAGAUGCAGAGGAGGUCACAGAGGACACGACUGUGCAAUCUCCCCUUUUUUUGGUAUGAACUUCCUGUCUUGAAUCUAAAGCCAUGCAAUGCAUAUUAUUUUUGUUCUUUUAUUAUGAUCAAUUAAUUGUUUUGAUGUUGGUUUUUUAGUUCGUUUUCAUAGCACACUGUUACGUUGAACAAAUAUUGUUGUGGAAAUUCAAAAAUAAUAAUAAUAAUAAUUGAGCAAAAGAAAAAAAAACAGUAAUAUUUUUCUAAGGAAGAUUGAAAACCUGCACUCGGGUGGGAUCUACAUAUAGAAAUCGUGUUUGGAGGCAGUAAAGUAACAUAAGCAUUAAUAUCAAACUAGGGCCUGUCAUGUUGGUGGAGAUAUGCGACAGUUCACUGAUAAGCAAAGUGCGACAAUGUCUUACUGUUGUCUAGAUAUUGCAAUGCAAUAAGCAGUUGUCAUUUGUUGUAGAAGAGAACUGCUGCUAAAAGGCCUCCACAUUCUUCCACAGAGAUAAACUAGCCUUUUUAGUACAAAAGCUGGGCGUUUAAAUCAAGAAAGGGGCACUCACAGGGAUGGGCCCUUCAUAUUAAAGGGUCUUUUCUCAUCUCUGAGUGGGGGACGGGGUAUAUCUGAACGCAAACAAUGUGUAGUCAGCCAUAGCCUAUGCGUAUAUGUAGCUUAGUUUACUUUUUUGUUUGCAUUGUGUGGAAAACGUCAUGAUAAUGCCAUUACUUCAUGCUAACUGCAGUUAGCAUCCACCAUUGUGCUUUGAUGGAACAUUACCUCCAUUUCUCAUUAGUUACCAAGGCACUAUUAUGGGUGCUGUAGUUUCACAUCGGUGUGUAUCGUGUAGUGUUGUGUAUGUACGGAUAGAAUAUGGUUCUGGGAAACCUGACAGAAUAUGGUUUAAGGGAUAGUUCACCGAAAAAUGAAACUUUUAUUGUCAUUUACUCACCCUCAUGUCGUUUCAAACCUUUUUCAACAGGACAAAGGAGGAGAUAUUUAUGAAAAAUGACAGUAAAAAAAAGUUACAUGGGAUAUCGAGCUCCAAAAAAAAAGCACCACAGUGUCAAAUGAUCUUUGACUCUUGUGUGAUUUUUUUUGAAGAAAUAAUGAUUUAAAUCAUACUUGCAAACUUCACAUUAUUAGUGCAAAUUAUUUUUUGGUGAGAAGCGCCACCUACUGACAGAGAGAGCAUAUGCAUUUUUAUUCAGCCCAUCUGCUGUUUUUUUUCUUUUUUUUUUUUUUUUUUGGUAAUCAUCUUUUGUCAAAACUUGCAUCAUUUAAACUAUGAAUUUUUUUACAGUCACUUUACAGGAUGUUUAGAAUGUUACCAAAGCAAUAUUGCUAUCUAAACAAAAAGUAGUUUUAUUCUGAUUUCAGAAUUUUCAGAAUAAUUUUGAGAAUUAAAAACAAAGAAAAUUCCCUAAUCAAGCAUUUUGAUUCUUUAAAAAAUAUAUAUUUUUGUUUUCUGUGGAGGAAAAAAACAACAACAACAGUAUUUGGGUUUGGAACUACACAAGGGUGAGUAUAAAAUGAACAAGUUUUCAUUUUUUGGCGGUGACCCAUUCCUUUAAACUGCACAUUUGCAAUCAGCUGUUUCUAUCCCAAACUUAAUCAUUAAAACAAUCAGUGGACGGUGUUUUCGGCUGAUUUCAGAUGAGCAUUUUGGGGUUACACUAUGCGCACUGACACAUGCUGUAGUUUGAAACCAGGUGUCCAGUGCCCCAUUGAAACCAUGUGAGGUGAUAAAGCCAUCACAGCUAACACACUCCACAGGCUCCAGACAGACUCGCUUAGUCCCAUCCGUCAACACUGUAAAGACCACGUUCAUCCUGUAGUCAGAAUAAUGUCAUCACUGUACAGAAUUGUCUUUGGUAGAUUUAUUCAACCUUUCAGGGCAGGUGUAAUGUUAGUUGGUGAAGUCUAUUUUAGCCUUAGCCUUAUUCCACCCCUGGCCUCUCCAGGAGCGGACGCGGAUGGAGAAGCUUCGGUCAAACCUCGUCUUGCCAAUAAAUUUAUUUUUGAAUUGAGCUGUCAAAUGGGAUAACAGUAUGUGUGAUGGAACGUAGCAAUAUUCAACUCAUACUGGCUACUCUUGUUUAUUGCAUUAAGGAAAUCAACCAAUAGAUGCAUAUGUGAGCAAAAUAUUAUAGAUGUAAUUUAAAUAAAACACAGAAAAUUAUGGAAAUACUUGGUAUCAGAGAAACUUGGAGUUACCACAGGGAAAAAGAAGAAAAAAAAUCAAUGUCUAUAAAUCAAUAAAGAAUAUUAAAACUAUG